UUAGGACUUGCGCACCGCCCCUCACUACAUCCCGCGGCGUGAUACGAGUUCAGUGCGGAGGGUGCGGCGGUCCGCGACACACUGACGCCAGGCGAGAGCACAGCGAGUCUGGUUGUAUGAAUGCUGUGAAGGAUCGCGUCGAGGUGGCGCACAAGGUGUACUUGACAAACUGACCUAACUGUGAAACAGCACAACUUUCAGCGAUACCCUUGUUCAUGAGUCGCUGUGGUUGAGUAUUUGAUUCUCUUUGAGGAGGUAGAGCAGAGAGUCUUUGUUCCUGUGUGGCGCAAUCCUACGGAGUAAGUGUGACAACAUUGGCUGGGGCGCACGUGGCGCCACAAUGAACGUCACCUCGCUCUUCUCCUUCACCAGCCCGGCGGUCAAGCGACUGCUGGGCUGGAAGCAAGGUGACGAAGAAGAGAAGUGGGCAGAGAAGGCGGUGGAUGCACUGGUCAAGAAGUUGAAGAAGAAGAAGGGUGCUAUGGAGGAGCUGGAGAGGGCACUCAGCUGCCCUGGUCAGCCAAGCAACUGUGUCACUAUACCUCGCUCACUGGAUGGGAGACUCCAGGUGUCACACCGGAAGGGUCUGCCUCACGUCAUUUACUGCCGAGUGUGGCGCUGGCCUGACCUACAGUCACACCAUGAGCUCAAGGCCCUGGAGUGUUGCGAGUUCCCCUUUGGAUCUAAGCAGAAGGAUGUGUGCAUCAACCCCUACCACUACAAGAGGGUGGACAGUCCAGUGCUGCCACCUGUGCUGGUGCCACGAAACAGUGAGUUCAAUGCGAAACUCUCUAUGCUGCCACGCUUCCGUAACCCACUUCACCAGACAGAGCCGCCAAUGCCUCAGAACGCCACCUUCCCUGACUCCUUUCCCCAGCAGCCAGCGAACGCCCUACCCUUCACUCCGAACUCCCCAACCAACAGCUACCCCAGCUCGCCCAACAGCGGCACAGGCAGUACAGCCACCUUCCCCCAUUCACCAUCCAGCUCGGACCCAGGCAGCCCUUUUCAGAUGCCAGAAACACCUCCACCUGCUUAUAUGCCCCCAGAGGAGCCAAUGACACAGGACUGUCCCCAGCCAAUGGACACUAACCUGCUAGCUCCCAAUCUGCCAUUGGAGAUCAGCAACCGACCAGAUGUUCAGCCUGUGGCCUAUGAGGAACCCAAGCACUGGUGCUCUAUUGUGUACUAUGAGCUGAAUAAUCGUGUGGGAGAGGCCUUUCAGGCCUCCUCCACUAGCGUACUGGUGGACGGCUUUACCGACCCCUCAAACAACCGCAACCGCUUCUGCCUGGGUCUGCUUUCGAAUGUCAACCGCAACUCGACCAUCGAGAACACACGACGCCACAUCGGAAAAGGAGUCCAUUUGUACUAUGUGGGAGGAGAGGUGUACGCCGAAUGUUUGAGCGACAGCAGUAUCUUUGUCCAGAGCCGCAACUGCAACUACCACCAUGGUUUCCACCCCACCACCGUAUGCAAGAUCCCCAGUCGCUGCAGCCUAAAGAUCUUCAACAACCAGGAGUUUGCUGAGCUCUUGGCUCAGUCUGUCAAUCACGGUUUUGAAGCCGUCUAUGAACUCACCAAAAUGUGCACCAUUCGCAUGAGCUUUGUAAAGGGUUGGGGUGCAGAGUACCAUCGACAGGAUGUGACAAGCACCCCAUGCUGGAUUGAGAUUCAUCUUCACGGGCCCCUGCAGUGGCUGGAUAAAGUCCUUACCCAGAUGGGCUCUCCUCACAACCCCAUUUCCUCCGUGUCCUAGACAGAACUGAUUCCCAUGCAGAAGCUGAUUGAUUGAAGGGAGAGGUGGGAGAAGGCAGGAGGGUGGGGUUUGUAUUCUACUUGAAGGCAGUUUGUUCGGGGGCAUAAAAUUUGGCUGAAGAGUCCUCAGUUCUCAGCCCGUGAGAAUCUGGAAGAUACUUGACAACUUUGUGUGACCAAGCAUGUUAAAUGAUGAGGCCAUCAUACUUGGGGCAAGUAUCCUCCUUUGGUCUUGUUUGUGAGAGAAGUUGGGUUUUAAGCCAACUUUUGGCUUUGGUUUUCUUUCUUUUUCUUUUGCAUUUCUUCUCCUUUUUCCAGUUUACAAAUCAGUAUUCCAUUGAUUAAGAUCUGCAUCAUAGUUUAGAGACUAGUACAGUGUUGUACAGAGUAGUAUAGUGUGAACACGUCUGGUAGACAAAAAAGUAAGAUAACAUGCAGAAAUAUAAUGCUUUAAAUGAACUUAAUGGCAUGAAGCUGUGAGAAGAUAAUGAGGUUAUUAAUGCAAAAUUUCUCACAGCUGGAAAGAAGAAAAAAUGUAGCAAAAAUGGACAAAAAUGUCUAAUGUAGAAUGAAAAAUACAUAUAUUUGAAUAGGCAAAACUUUUGAAUGGGAUAAACGUAUGGGGAGUUAGGGCAUGUUAGUAGUGGGUAGGGAUGCAUGAGCAAACUCAUGCGUAUGUUGCGCUAAUUUUAUCGCAGUUGUGUUCGACUGAUUUUAAAAAAUGGGUGUGUAAAUGUACUUAUUAGUAAAGAAAGUGCUGUGCAGUCUGUUUUUUUGCAAGUGUGGUUUGAUCCCCAGGAUUGUAAGUCUAUGUCUACGAGAGCAGAGGCAGGCAUUGUUUACUUUGUCCAUAUGUUGUGCACUGCACCACUGUGCUGCACGGAAGAACGUCCUCUUUUCACUGUUUUUUUUUUUUUUUCCUGAAAUGCCAUGAAUCUGUUUUCAUAAAACACCUUUAGAAAAGUAAGAGAAAAAAAUAUAUACGUAAUGCCUGUGCAUUUCCAGCAUUUUUAGAGUAAAAUAGUUACCUUUUUUUGUUGACUAAAUUCUAAAUGGCACUAGAGAUAUUGUUUUGUAAAAAGUAGAUAUUUUUUUGAUUAACUUGCUUUCAGUUUUUUUAUUCAAAGUGAAAUCCCAUCCACUGUUAAAAUGUAAACAUUUUUGUAUUUUUUUGAAGAAAAUAUAUAAUGUUGUUCCUUCAUAUCUGCACUUUCAUAAGUGGCUUCUUUGUCUCUGUCCUUUUUUGUGCUGUUCUUGCUUACUUGUACUCUCAGAUAGCAGUUUUAUUCCAUGAAUAUCAAGUCUCUACUGGAAGAUUCAAUAAAAUUGUUUCAUUA